GGUCCAAUGUGGAUAAGUGAAGCUGUUUGGAACGAAUGUGGAAAACUUAAAGGAGACUGGAAGUCCUGUGCGAGAGAUUCUGUUACUUGCACAAAGGAGUGUGUGAAGAACUACCUAAAUAAAUAUAGAACACGCUGUACUGGAAAACCUGCCGACCAAAUUACUUGUGAAGAAGAUGCGAAACUAUAUAUGGCAGGUCCACCAAAUGGAUGCAAAAGUACAUCGUCCUCGGCAACAAACUAUUGGAUUUCUGUUCAACAAUGUUUACCCGUAUCAAAGCCAUAUGAUUGCAUCGACUGUAUGUGUGAGGCAUCCGGUUGCCAGAAAUAUCUUGGUAAAUGUACCAACGACCAGGGGACUUGGAGAUGUGGUCCAAUGUGGAUAAGUGAAGCUGUUUGGAACGAAUGUGGAAAACUUAAAGGAGACUGGAAGUCCUGUGCGAGAGAUUCUGUUACUUGCACAAAGGAGUGUGUGAAGAACUACCUAAAUAAAUAUAGAACACGCUGUACUGGAAAACCUGCCGACCAAAUUACUUGUGAAGAAGAUGCGAAACUUUAUAUGGCAGGGCCACCAAAUGGUUGCAAAAGUACAUCGUCCUCAGCAUCAAACUAUUGGAAUUCCGUUCAAAAAUGUUUACCCGUAUCAAAGCCAUGUAAGCAAAAGUUUUUCCAUCUUUGUAAGAUAUGGCACUAUUCGUGAAGAUAUUUUU